UUGAACGUUGCCUCCUCAAGGCUAUCAGACAGAUGUAUUAAUCCCCUCAGUAUCAUUCACUGUCCGCUAUUUUUGCCAAGACAUUGGCCAAAAAGUACAGCUGUGUCCAUUUCAAAUGGCAGAAAGCACUAAAGAACUUGGGAUAGAGUUCAGUAUCAUUGCAUUCAAAUGCAUUGGCCAGUUGUGACGUGAGAUGUCUUGAACCCUAGACUUCUACCAAGGCCACACUGAAUAAAGGUUUAAUGUUUUCCUCCUUGGACUUACACCAUCUUUUUUUUGGAAAUCAAUUAGUUUUUUAUUUGGAAAAACAGAGAAGAAAAAAAGCACUCCCAUGGUAGGAGCAGGAUAAAUAGACUGAUCAGGCGAGCUAGCUCUGUCCUGGAUGGUCCUCUGGACUCCGUGGAGGAAGUGGGGGAGAGAAGGAUGUUGGCUAAGCUGACAUCCAUCAUGAACAACACCUCUCACCCGCUACAUGACCCUGUUGUUUCCCUGAGCAGCUCCUUCAGCACCAGACUGUUACACCCACGGUGUAAGAAGGAGAGGUUCCGCAGGUCCUUCAUACCGACCGCUGUCAGGCUCUACAACACCUGCACCACCUGAACCAUGUUGUAGACACUAUGCUUUCUUUACACUGUUCUCUUUACUUGUCUUGCUGCUGUAACAAGUAAAUUUCCCCGCUGUGGGAUAAAUAAAGUACAUACAAUACAAUACAAUACAAUAUUAAUGUUGAGGGGUUGUAGAGACUACAUAACAAUCUCAUUGAUGCUAAUUAAGGUUAGAUCGUCGGUAGUCCUGGAAUGGUAAUCUGUUCUAUGUGGAGUCUUGGCUCACUGACACGCUCACAUCAGAGUGUGUCAGUCAGAAAUAGACUCUUAAUCAGCCAGUUGCGAUCACACGGCUUUGUCACAGUCACGGUGGAUGGCAUCACUUAUCUCCCACACACGUCUUAAGCUGGCUGCGUUCACCACACCUGGAUGGACAUACUCGGCCCAUAAUAGGUUUCACUUUCACUUUUUCUGCCCUUUGCAGAAAACACAGAUUAAAUGUUUUCCUUUAAUGCCGCUGAAAAGUAGUUGGGAGGCAGAGCGGAGUGUUCAUGGGAGGGACGAGUGGCUUUUGUUGUCCUUGACUUUGUCCUCCGCUUCUAAACCUGCUGCACACACACACGCACACCUGUUGUUUGUCUGCCACAACUUACAAGGAGACACAUUUAGGUGCACAAAAUGAAACAUCAUACAUGACCUCUGAAUACACCAAUAGCCACAUUAGCGAACUACAGAGAGUUUACACCCGCUGAUCAUCACCAUCAUUGGGUUUAUGCAAGUUCAACUAACUUACUUGUUAAAAUGCAAACAGGCAACUAAUUAAUAAAGUGCCUGAGUGUCACAAACAUCACAAUAAAUAAACUACUAUACAAUACAAUAUAGAACGCUCCUGACUUUUCUGGGUUCUUCAAUCUCUUUCAGCCAUACUGUGCAGUAGGUGAGUUCUGAGCAAAUCAAGGGAUCCUUUUCUCCUUCCUGCUAUGUGGGCAAACUCACUUGUAAACAAACAUGGCGUCGAUCAAGGGGGAUUUCUUCUUGUUUCAGAGAAAGCCAUUUUGCGUGCUAGUGACACCAAAUGUUCUGCAGCCUGUGACAUCAAACUUCACCACAUCAAACCUUAUCAGCCACCUGAAAUGCCAGCAUCGCUACAACGCCCGGUGGUUGUUCCUAUCGCCGCGGUGUUUUAAAGGUGCAAAGAGUUUGCCAGAGACAAGCCGAGGGCUAUAGUGAUGUGGACGGAUGACCAGCCCUUUACCAUCUUUGAGGAUACUAGCUUUUGUUAGCUAGUAACCCCUUGGAGCAACAUUGGAUUUUUUAAAAUGUUUUUUUAAUAGUUGUGAUGUAAUUUUUGGUUAGGACUUUUAAGUCAUUUGGUCUUUAGAAGUAGGAAGUUGUCGGUGUUGGCCUGAAAUAGCUUUUUAUAUUAAAAAUUAUAAAAUAUAUCAUAAAUAUAACAUUCCUAGUGUUUUUCCCAGUACAUUUAGUUUACUAACAAACAUGGGCUCAUGAAUGGUCUCAGAACUUUUUUUUUCUCUACAUUUAUUGUACGUUACUGUUUUCAAUCCAUCCAUCUUCUAUGCCACUUAUCCUCACUAGUGUUAUCGGUACGCUGGAGCCUAUCCCAGCUGACUUCGGGUGAGAGGCGGGGUACACCCUGGACUGGUCGCCAGCCAAUCGCAGGGUACAUAUAGACAAACAGCUCAGGCUCACAUUCAUACCUAUGGACAAUUUAGAGUCAACAAUUAACUUAACAUGCAUGUUUUUGGAAUGUGGGAGGAAAACCCAGUACCUGAAGAAAGAGAACAUGCGAACGGCACAGAGAGAUGCCCAAUGGAGAUUCCAACCCAGAUCUUCCUGAACGACUAGGCCACCGUGCAGCCCCGUUUUCAAUCCACUCAAGGAAAUCUGGAUUUUGAUUUUCUUAGUAAUUUAUCAGCUUUAUGUUUGUCCCAGCAGACAACCAGUUGGAUUGUCAUCAAAUAACACAUUUCAUACAUUGGUUGAAUGGUCUUUGGAUUUUAGCAUUUCAUUUGGUUUUGUGUUACGUUCCCAGUAUUUGAUGUCUUAACUGUUUCCAUUAUUCUGCUCUCGUCCUUGUCCUUGGUGUCAUUGUUUCUCAUGGUAAUAAUUCUCACUGAGGUUUUAUUGUUGAUGUUCCUCAGCAACAGAGCAGCUUUGAUUCUGCCUCGUUAAUUGUUGUGUUUGUGCUGAAACGCAGCUUGAAUCGCUAAACGUCCUCUCAAAUAACUGCUGAUGUUUUGAAACAUUAAGCAGCUGGGACUUGAAAACAUCAGCUGGGAGAACAUCUGGUGAUUGCCUCCAACUUUUUUUGGGACAACAAGCCGCACUGUUGUUUGUUUGUAGGAAGUGGGGAACUCCACCAUUGUGGCACACUCUGGCUUCUACUGCCCACCCCUGACCACCACACCCCUCCCCCUGUCCUAAGUGGGUUGCUGUCCUGCCGACGGUGAAGUGGAGCGCUCUGAUUGGAGAACUCACAGGGUGGUUUUUCGGUCUGGCGCCGCCUCCCCCUGGGGCCGGCGUGCGCUCCCAGCAGCCUGUGGUGCCCUGUGCCCCGCCCUCGCCGUCACUGCCCGCCAGAGCCCAUGUGCCAGGAGGAGCUGCGGUUCGUCCGCCAGGAGCCAUGUGCCUCCCUCAUACCAACAACAUGGACAACAAGCUACAGGGGGCGGGGCCAGGGGGAGGAGCUUUACUUCGAUCCCGAGGAGGCGGUGUUCCCUUGGAGCCCUUCAUGCACCAGGUGGGGGGUCACACCAGUAUGAUGCGCUACGAUGACCACACGGUGUGCAAGCCUCUGAUCAGCAGAGAGCAGCGUUUCUAUGAAUCUCUGCCUCCAGAGAUGAAGGAGUUCACCCCAGAAUACAAAGGCGUGGUGCUGGUGUGUUUCGAAGGUGACUCUGACGGCUACAUCAAUCUGGUGGCAUAUCCUUACGGCGACAGCAACGUGGAGGUCGGAGCCGGCGAGCAUGAAGAGCCUCCUGAGCGGGAGCAGCCCAGGAGAAAACACUCCCGCCGCAGCCUCCAUCGUUCCUCCUCCUCCUCGGAACACAAGGAGGAGCGCAGCGAUCGCGAUACAGAUUCUUCUGAUAACAAUCUCACAGAGCUGAAGAGUCCGAGAGUGGAACCAAAGAUUCACUUGGACCUUCCCUUCCAGAUGCUGGACUGGAACAGUGGUGUGAGCUCGGAGAAGAUCAGCCACAAUCCCUGGAGCCUCCGCUGCCACAAGCAGCAGCUCAGCCGCAUGAGGUCUGAGUCCAAGGACCGAAAGCUCUUCAAGUUCCUGUUGUUGGAGAAUGUCGUCCACCACUUCUCAUACCCCUGCAUCCUAGACUUGAAGAUGGGCACCAGGCAGCAUGGGGACGACGCCUCAGAGGAGAAGGCAGCUAGGCAGAUAAAGAAGUGCGAGCAGAGCACCUCAGCAACACUGGGGGUGCGACUGUGUGGCAUGCAGGUGUACCAGCUCAACACCAGCCACUACCUCUGCAGGAACAAGUACUAUGGCCGUGGCCUGUCCAUCGAAGGGUUCCGUCAGGCCCUCUACCAGUACAUGCACAACGGACGGGGCCUGAGGCGGGAUCUCUUUGAGCCAAUCCUGAAUAAGCUUCACAGUCUGAAGGCAGUGCUGGAGCGGCAGGCAUCCUAUCGCUUCUACUCCUCUUCACUGCUCAUUAUCUAUGAGGGAAAGAAGCCUGAGCCGCCUGCAGGUUUCAGUCCUGGGCAGCUCAUUGUCCGGCAGAAGACUGCCGGGGGUCCUGAUGAGCCUCAUUUUGGUCCCGUGCCCCAUGCACCUCCAGCUACCGACGCUCCCUGUGCCACAGCCGUGAGCCAUGAGGAGGGCCCGGACCCGCUGGCCCAUCAGGGAACCGCACUGAUGGCUCAAACCUCACCUCAUCUUCCCCCCCUGGCCCCACCCACAAAGUCAGGCUGCCACUCCACCCCCUCGCCUCACUCCCAUCCAGACUCUGCCUGCCCAGCUCCCAGCCUAACCCCCCUCCCGCCACCUCCGUCCGCCCCCUCGCCCCAACAGCCCCCCCUGGUGGACAUUCGUAUGAUCGACUUCGCCCACUCCACCUUUAAAGGUUUCCGUGGCGACACGGCAGUGCAUGACGGACCCGACCGGGGAUACGUGCUCGGGCUGGAAAGCCUGAUCCAAAUCCUGGAGAGUCUGCGGGCCGACAACCUGCAGUAACGUCUCCACGGCUGGAAAUAUGGACGUCGAUCCUUCACAGCAUCGCCAUGGCAACAUGGGCAUUCUACAGUCCAGUAGUAACUAUAGCAACAGCCAGGAGGCAGGACAGUGGAGCUGACAUACUUCUGACCUGGGCUUGAGGCUCAACACACACACACCCAAUGACACGAUGCAUUCCCUCGCCCAAACCUGUGACCAUCAUAGCGGUCAGUGCUGUCAAUCAACCCCCACUUCCCACCCCUCUCCUCCUCACCAAACAUGCACAGGUGAUUGCUCCAGGCACAUCUUUUAAAGCAAUAGAUGGCGACAAGAGGUGGAGACUUUCUUUUCGUUCCCUUAGCAGGGAGAAGGACAACAGUGAGAAGUAGACGCUUUCCAACAGCUUUGUGAUUUGUAAUGUCACUAUAGUUUGUCAUUUCAAAGUGAUCCUCCGGGCCAUCACUUCAUUCACAAAUAGAUCUUUGUGAGGUGUAUGUGUUGGGUAUAUUCCUAACAAAGGCCAUGAAAAGACCAGAAGUGACCACAUCUUGUCAUUGUUUUUUCUUCAGACACAGUCCUAGAGCAUGCUGUGAAGAGUCACUAUAAGUGCAGCAUGUUCUGGAUGUGAUGUCAGAGUACUGUACUUGGUGCACAAACUUGAUAUUAUUUAGUCAAGUACAUCCCUUCCCUCUUUGAAAUGACCUGCACUUUUCCACUACAUUUUCAGAACACCUCUUUAAAAGGGAUUUGUUGUUACCAAACUCUAGAAUAGCCAGUCUUUUGUGGAUGUCUGGUCUGGGUGAUCUUAUUGAAAAAUAUGUUUUAAAAAAAUCACCAAAACAACACAACCUGACCUUAUUUUGUUUGAAACACUGUUGUACAAUAUUGUCAAAGGGUGCGUUUGAAAUGCUCGACUGUCAACCAGCCCUGCUUUAAAUGACGCACGUCCUCCUCCGGUAAAGUCACCACAAACGUGCCAUCGCCACUCUCUCAUAUGAUUGGUCAGCGCCGACUGCUCAGCAAAUCAGAUGUGCGCAUUUAUGCUUCCCUCCAAUCAGGGCGACCAGAAAGCGGCUGUGGUGGCAAUCUACUGCCCCCUGCUGGUCAGUGACAGGAGCUCCAGGAGCUGGAGCGAAAAGAAAAGAGCAAAUAGUAAUAUUUUAUUUUUGGUUUAUUGAGGUGAUAAUUUAUUUUUUUAUUGUACCUUUACCUCUAUGUAUGUGGGUAAAUGUCUUAUUUUCCAUGUCUCUCCCAAAGUGUAAAAAAGCAAAGAGAUUUAAGUGCUCACAGAGUGAUGACAUUUCAGGGGUCUAAUAUAUAACAGUAUUAUUUUAGAUACUGUUGUCUGUUUGUCCCGAGGACACUCCAGCCAAACUCUGCUUGGCACCAUCCAACAGGUUGUGUGUGUGUGUGCGCGCCCGCGUGUCAUCUUUGCUUUGCCUCACGUGACCUUUGCAGGCGUUGGAUGCACGUUGAACCUAUUUAUAGUGAGUUCACCACCACACGGUCCAACAUUCUAGUUCUUGUCCCUUCUCCUCCUCACAUGUAUGUUGUCAUGUCUGUUGUGUCUCCAUUUAUUUUACAGCUGACACCAUCCCCACUGUUUGGUAGAACAGUGAAAGUGAGAUUAAAACUUUCCAGAUGUUUUUGGCCUCCUCUUGUAGUUAUUGAUUUUGAUGCAGCAACUGAGUAGGAUGUAAUCAUACUUUGUUAGGACGAAGAUGUCUUCUCACAAAGUGUUUUGUACUUUUAGAUGAGUCUCGGGAAGACAUCCAUGUGAAAGAUAUUGUAGGUCCUAAAAAAACGCGUUUACUCGAAGCUGGGACAUUGCUAGUGUUUCAGGUGAAGACAGUAAAGAAGGAAAACCGACACGAGGACAAAGUCUGCCCAAAAGAAUAGUUGUUAAUUUUUUAAAAUGUGGCAUAAUUGGUCAUUUAAAAACUGUGACAUAACUACUGAUACUAUUAACAUGAAUUAUGGCUUUCUACAGUGCAUAAAUGUCAUUAAAAGGUAAGCAAACAGGAAUAUAUCUAAUUGCCUCAAUUAAAAUCAUUACUGUUACAAUUUUGUGGUAGUUGUCAUCCCCACUGACACUGUGCAACUUGUCACCCAUGAAGGUCGUACUCCCGGUACAGGAGGUAGUCCUUAAGUCGUCCUGGCAAUGGCAGGAAGCUCAUGAAGACAGGCGAUCGCAGACGAAGGCGACCGAGACAACGACGAAUCCUCAAACGACAGAGAUGCUGCAGGCAGCGAGCGUUCUCUGAGGAGGUGGAAGGAGCAAAUAUGCACUCAGAUUGCUUCAUCAGACAUUUGACGGGGUCCUGGUUGGUCAUGGCUCCGGCCUCCAGCAGCAUGCAGACUGACGGAAGGUCGUCGUUGGAUACGGCAAAGAAGAGUGCUGACUUCCUCUCGUCGUCAUAACCUCGGCGCACGCAAGGAUGCAGCAUGUAGUUUGGGUCGAAGCCUUCGUCCAGCAGCGCCUGGAGGAUGGCUUCAUGUUUAUUAGCAUGGACCACAGAGUCAUCAGGAGAAUGGACACACACCUUGAUGCAAUGUGUGUGUCCUCCAGCUGCUGCACAGUGCAGUGGACUCAUUCCACUGUUGUUUAUGUCUUCCAUAGAUGUUAUUGGAAUCAGCAGCUUCAGAGUGCUGCACAGAACACACACACACGCACACACACACAAGACAAUAAUGAAUGAUAUUUCAUGUAACAAUAUGUUCAGUAUUUUGAUUCUGGUUUACUGCAGGUGUCCCCUGUGAGCGGCCCGGUGGAUCGGUAGGUGCCCACUCUGUUUAGCGACAUUGGGGUCGGCGCCGUAUUCCAGCAGCAGCUCGACAACGGAAGCAUCUCCACUCGCACACGCCUCGUACAAGAUGGAGGCCUCGUCCUGCGCCUGAGACAUCACGUCUGCUCCUGAUCAGAAGCACACACAAAGCAGGACCUCUGCCGCUUCCAGGUGACCCGCCUGAGCAGCCAGUGCCAGUGGCGUAAGGCCAAAGCGGCUACGGGCGUCCGGCAGCGCCUUGGCUUCCAGAAGCAGGCUCACCAGCUCGGCUCUGCCCAGCCGAGAGGCCUCGUGGAGCGGGUGGCGGCCGUGGAGACCCGCCUGGUUGACCGCCGCACCCCGCUGGAGCAGCAGCUUGACCAGGUCCACGCAGCCCAACCGGAUUGCUGCAGUCGAAAGGGGCGGAAACAGCAAUGAUGAGUUGCUGCACCAAUGGUCAGCCGACCUAAAAGCAGCGGCGAGUCCUGGUGCUGGUUCUGUGUGUCGGGCCGGGCCCCGUGUUGAAGGAGAAAGGAGGCAUUGUCCAUGAGACCUCGUUCCACCGCCAGGAAGAGGGGUGUCUCCCCACGUUGUGUCUGACGCU